AGGAACGACUGGCAAUCGAAUAAAAGGGGGAGGAGGUGCGAUUUCGCGCGUUCACCGCGAUUCCGAAUUAUUUCUGACAGAUUGACGACGGCAGGCCGCGUAUCGGGAGUCACUGGCCGGAUAACGAGACUGACAGGCGAGUGCUAGCGAGAGAUCAACGAGAUGUCCGUGAUGGGUAAGCCCGUGCUUUACUCCUACUGGCGGAGUUCGUGUUCCUGGAGAGUAAGAAUUGCAUUGAAUCUAAAAGAGAUACCAUAUGACAUAAAGCCUGUAAGUCUGGUAAAAAGUGGUGGAGAACAACAUUCCAAUGAAUUUCGAGAGAUUAAUCCAAUGGAGCAAGUGCCUGCGCUCCAUAUUGACAAUCAUACGUUAAUAGAGUCUCUAAAUAUUCUACAAUACUUGGAAGAAACUAGGCCGAAUCGUCCACUGAUGCCAGCGGAUCCUGUCAAAAGAGCCAGAGUAAGAGAGAUUUGCGAAGUAAUUGCCAGUGGCAUACAACCAUUGCAAAAUCUCGUUGUUUUAAUCUAUGUCGGAGAGGAACGUAAAAAAGAAUGGGCGCAGCAUUGGAUCACUAGAGGAUUUACAGCGGUAGAAAAGUUGUUAUCAUCGAGCGCGGGCAAAUACUGCGUUGGCGACGAAAUUACGUUAGCGGACUGUUGCCUAGUGCCACAGAUUUUUAACGCACGAAGGUUUCACGUUGACCUAAGACCGUUCCCCACGAUUCUGAGGGUGGACCGUCAUUUGGAGCAUCAUCCGGCCUUUACUGCGGCUCACCCCAACAACCAGCCCGACUGUCCACCGGAGGCGACCAAGUAGCAAGCGAGGCAGACCACCCUUUUUCUCUUCUAAUUCUUUAGGAGAGUAGAAAGAGGUGGUCCAACAUUAUGUGGUCUCAUAGUGACAAAAGGUGACACGAGAUUCAUUCUUUGCAUAUUUCACGUGCACUUGAGAUCGUACUAAUCAUUUCUCAAGUCUCUUGUUUUUAUAUCGUAAAUAAAAUUAUAAUCUAGCAAAGAAAAGAUAGCAAAUUGCUAAAUCAAAUAAUAUAAUAUGUCAUAAACAUUCAUUGCGUAUAUCUUUAAUUAUACAAGCGCGUUUAAUUGUAAUGACGAGUAUACGAGAAGAAUACUUUUAACUCGUACUAUCAACUGAUAAAAUGCUAUUAUAUAUUUUGAUAACGAUAUUUAUAUCGUUCAUAUAUCAAGAAAAUGUCCGAUAUUAAUUGCACCUUUUAUCACUUAUGAACUGCAUAUCGGUACCGAAAUGGUUAACGGUUAGCAACAAAAGCGAGUCUCAGGCGGCGGUUUUGAUUUUAGAUCAUGUCGCUUAUUUUUAGAACACGAACUCGCGCCAUUUCUGUACUAGCAAGGGAAAAGAAAGAAAUAUUGGCCUAUUUUUUAAGUUUUGUUACGUUUUUAUACGAUUUUACAUGAUUGAUCGAAAUUUAUUUUCACAUCGAUAUUUUACAAAGAUAUAUUAUUGACCUAUCCCGAAUAGGUUCUGUUUUGAAAUCAAAAGUUUACUUUUUAUAUAUACUUAUUAUAAUUUUUUAUUUUUCACUUUUGUUUAUAUAGUAUAAGAAAAAAGAAGUGGAUGUUGCUAUUAAAUCCUAGCGAAUACUCCAAAAUCUUCGCUGGUACGUAGGGUAAUGACUCUCGUAUUUACGCGAUAUAUACGAAGCACACACGAAUAAAUUCAUAAUGCGAAAUGAUCAAUAUUCGAAGGGAAACGUGUAAUAAGGGAAUGCGCUCUGCUCAAUAUCUCCCAGAAUACCUACGAAAAAAGUACAAAUCUCACAUUUUUUUUUGAUAUCCCAAUCAUAGAGUGCAUUAGAUUUGUUUAUUUUUUUUUAUUUGCAUCUUUUGCAUUGAAAUAUUCAAUAACUAAUAUUUGAUUGAUGCUUAUACUUCAUCUUGUUCCAAGAUAAUUUACGCAGCAGCCUAAUAAGAUAUAUAUUAAAGCAACAGCCUUUUCUUUCUCUAAAUGCUUGCAUUUGACGCUUCUGUUAUCUUUCGUUUUUUUAGAGUAAUCAAAAAUUUUUUUGUUUAUAUUUGGGAAAUGUUUAAUUUUCGCAAUAAAUGCGAAUAAGGCAAAUAGAUUUAUCAUAUUUUUUUUAUACAUAUACGAUACGCCGUGUAGUAUAUUUUUUUACUUUACAAAUUUUUAGGUUUAAAUAAUAUUUUCUCAGAAAUAUACCGGAUUUCUUGAUACAUAUAUUUUUUUAAGAUUCAUAAAAAAUGGAUUUAAUAUGCAACUGUAAUUAAAUAAUCUGUGAUUUGGAAUUAUGUUGUGCAAAACCGAAGUGAGACGUUGAUGCGAAGAUUAGAAUGUGCCAUUGAAAUGCCGUAGUACAAUCGCGAACGAUUUCAAACACAAACGAGAGAGAUACGUGUGUCGACAGAAUCAAAGUGUAUAUUUAUGCUCUUACAAAUAGUUUUUCCGGGUUCAGAGCAUGUAACAAACAGAGAGAUAUUGAUAUUUUUCACGAAUGUUUUUUAUAGGAUCGCUCUCAUUGUAAAGCUGUGUUAUAUACAUGGCUCUCGUGUGCCCUUCGAGAAAUUUUAUAAAUGCAAACGUAUCGUUUGUCAAAAAAAGUCAAGUCCUGUAGAUAUAUCGAACACGACCGAUCUCUGAAGGCCGAUAAUCAAAUUACAUCUGGCAUUCUUCCUUAUUGCCGCGUUAUCCUUCUUUUUUUUCUUAUUUUAUAAACAUCAUGACAUUUGCACAUAUUUGAAAAAAAAAAUCAUUAUUAUUAUGAUAUAAAGUCAAUGAUUUUUUAUAUAUCGCGUACGUCGUAACUGCCUUUUUGAGAGUUUGACGAGUACUUCUUCCAGUAGCCUCCAGCCUUCGCAAUUAUUUUUCUAUAGCAGAUGUAGUGAAGAUAUAAUUCAUGUAAUGAAGAUAUAAUUCUCUUUGUGCGCUUUCCAAUGGUGGAUUAAGGAUCAAAUCAAUCUCAGGAUGUCUCACAGUUAAAUCAUCAACAAAUUUUGUCAGUAUAUUUUUACUGAUACAAGAUGUCUUAUAUCAAUUUUAUAUCUGAACACAUCAAGCAUUAUCACGUUAUAUUAAAAAAAAAGAAAAUACAUUGCGCUUAAUUUUUCGUUCCUAUGCCAUUCUCUGUUUCUUUCAAGUUAACAUCAUUAAGGGAAUUAAAUUUAAUAUCUUAUGAAUUUUGACGCCUUUAUCUUGUUUUAGUUCAAUGAAUGGCAAAUCUUUUCGAUGAAUUCUUAUUACAAAUCGAUUCUUGUAUAACUCAUUUGCUUUCACGUUUCCACAUUUUAAUAUUUUCAUCAUAAUUUUUUAAUGAAGCGUACAUAUCCAUAAAAUACACUGACAAAGUUUAAUUGUUUAAUUCUGGGACACCCUGUAUAAUGAUUGCAAUCUGAGACGUCCUAUGUCGCGCAGUAUUUUGGGACGAGUAAGAACAGGUGUGUCUAUACACACGCUCACACAUAGACGUAUAUUAAUCGACCGAGUGAUUAAAUAAUAAUGUAUAUAAUCUUUGUAUGCGCGAGCCACACAUUCCCCUCCGACAGACCGCUCUACAAAUAUCCGCAAUACCGAGCGAAAUAAGCAUACUCGCGAAAUCGAUUUAAACUCUCAUGCGUGUUUGCUACGUUUUGAUAACAGCGCCUAUGCAUAUUAUGUGAUGAUUCGAGAGAGUUAUGUGCGUAGAAAUGUGCGAGUUAGAAGGAUCUCGUCGUAAUAAACGCGAUGAUCCUUGGCGUAAUUAAAGGUCAACGGAUGAGAUCUGAAUGUGAUCUUAUGCCCGUUUAUCGAAUUUUUGUACCCGAGUUACGAGAACUCGUAAAAGCGGACAAGUUAAUAAUUUUGUCGAAACUGAGCUGUGUUAUUUGUAAUUAUCGCGGUAGCUCUUAUACGAUAUUAUAAAUAUAUAUCUUGAUAGUUUCGAAAAAUUGCAAUUCCGCAAAGUCGACCUAUGAUUAAACGAAGAAUUUUCAUCUAUUUAGCAGCUCUGGAGCUUAAUUCAUUAAAAAAAAACAGAAUUGUAUAGUUCAUUUCUUAGAAUAUUAUAUUGUUUUAGAUAGAGUACUCCCCUUUUUCCACAAGAACUUUUAUCUUCAAUUUAAAUAAAUAACUUGCAAAUCGCCUUUAUUUUAUAUUUCUACGGGAGAAGGAAUGUCCCAACCGUUUUUGUGCUUCUUUAUUCCUCACAGUUCCCUAAAGAAUAGCUUUACAGAUUUUUACUUGUAGACUUUUUGUCCUGUAAUUCUUCUUUUGCUGUAGACAAACGCUCCGCUUCUGUUGAUCCUUCGCUAGAUCUUCCGGUAUCUCAUUUUCGACAAGCUGACAUAUUAUCCAUAUUAAUAUAUGCGUGAGAAAUAUAAAAACGACACUCGCAUUGUGCAAGAGAGCAAUGAAGUGGUAAAUCAAUUGUAUAUUUGUUUUAUUACUUUACUUCCGCUCCUCUUUUUCUUCUAAUCGUAUUUUCGAUUAUGGUUCUAGAAUUUAGCUUUAAGAAUGUAAGCUCGAUUUUUUUGUACCGUUUUUACGAAUCCAUCUGGAUAAUCCGACCGAGAAUAAUAUGGCAAUAAGUAUGCCGUACAAUUUUCUCCCGUUAUAAUCGUUCUAAAUCGAUUCUUAUAGACGACGUAACAUUUUUUACGCGGAAGGAUGCGUGUGAAGGCCGUUUAGGAGUAAAUGAGAGCGUGUACAAUAAAUGUAGCGACUGACACGUCGAUCUCUUCGAUACGAGGAAGAGUACGAGGGGCGCGUAGAUAUUUUGUAAGCGAGAAAUAAAAAUGAUGUAUGUUCACACAAUGCUUAUAUAGCGAAUAAAAGAUUCUGUGUCAAUAGUGUAUGUAUAACUACGUUUGUGGUAGAGUCGCGAAGGAAAGAGAAAGAUCAAAACAGUAAGUGCAUUCAUAAUUGUACCGUCAUUAUAGCCGAAUAAAACUACGUUUGGUCUGUAGUGGCAUAUUUUUUA